AUGUCUAAAAAGUAUAGUGUAUAGAAAUCCAAAUAAAUCCAAGAUCUAAAGAAAAACUAUAUUGACGCAGUUGAGAAGUUUUAUCUUGGGAAAAAGGUUUCAACAACAUAACCACCACUUGGAAAGACCAUGUCGAAUUUUAAUAAUUCAUAAGGAAAUGGUAAGAUGUAUAAUCAAACAGUCUAAGAAAGCGAUCAGAGUAGCUAUGUAGCUAAAUAGACUAAAUCAAGAGGUACAUAUUUUCUUUAUCCUACAUCAUGGUUGAGUAGAUUUAUUAUUCCGAACGAAUUCUAAAGAGAAGAUACGUAGGAGUUUGGUGAGGAAUCAUACAUCUUAAAAUAAUUCCCCAAUGAAUGGCUCACUUGA